AAGUCUGCCUUACUAGCACCAUCUCUUCGUUUGGGAAUAGAUGUAAUGGCUUAAGCAUGUGGGUUAAUAUCUGAAGUCGUGCAUAUAAAGCCACCAUGAGGCCUUAUGAUUUCAACAUCAGCUUUCUAGCCCUCGCUUCACCUCAUCAAACACCACUCAAACACACAAACGGCUCGAACUACCACCAAACUCACCAUGUACACUCAGAGUCUCAUCCUUGCGGUUCUGCCUCUUAUGGCUCAUGCUGUCGACAUUAUCCAGUUCGCCAUCUGGGAAGACAGCGUUCCUAACACGGAGUGCAACCUCGACCUUGACGGCGCCUACUUUAUGUGCAGCAACAUCCCUGCUGAAACUUGCUGUGCGAACUUCUGGAAGACCACAAGCUCUAUUCUAGGUCGCGGCCUCAACAACACCCAGGUCGAUGGCCGCGAUCCAGACUCAUUCGCCGUGUUCAACGGCGAAGACGGCGACCCAUGCGCCGUGACUACGGAAAGCUACUGCGGCGGCGGCGGAGGUUUCGAAGACUUCUGCUGGGCUACCGAUGGUGGUCAAGAAGGAUGUGGUGCAAAGGAGACUGGAGGCUCACUCUGGCACAGCGGGGAUGAACAUCUGAAGGGGAGAUUUGCCAAGAGGAAUGUUGAUGCCGUUAAGCCCAAUGUAGCUGGGAUUUGGGAUGCGGUUGAACGCAAGCACCGUCACUUUAGGAUUGGAGGCGACGUUCCUGCUGAUGUUACUACCAUUCUUGUCGAAGCUGUCAAAGCGAAUGCAGGAUACGGGUACCUUGAUGAGUCGGUGAAGGCUCUUGAGAUUACGGAAUAAGUUUGGUUGGGAUGGCAUCGAGGUCUUGGACUGAUGUGCAUGUUAAGAAGAGGAACAGUGUUGGAUUGUGUGCUUACGUGUCGACGAACCUAUCCUACUUCUAGUGCGACAGUCACUCUUUUCGGGAUUUCAAUGAGAAUUUGUUCUUGAGACUGAAUAUAACCAUUCAGACCGCAGCUCCAAUAUCUAUUGCUGUUCAUAUGUGAAGAUGCUCGCCCACUCUUGAAC